AUGCCCCGUAGUGGUGAUGCCAAGAGCAGCGGCAGUGAGGUUGCUUGCCGCACAUUUGACCCAUGUCAACUUAAUUUAUCUUCGGCAACGCCCGUGGGCUCAGGGGCAAUUUCUCAUGUAGUGCGCACAACCCUGCAGGGCGCGGCGAACACCCCAAUAGCGGUGAAGAUUCUGUCGAAAAUUCAACUACUUCAGCAGAAAAAAGUUCAGUCGGCGAUGAAUGAGAAACGUGCACUCUUAGACUUGGCACCACAUCCCUUUAUCGCUCGCUUGUACGGCACGGCCCAAUCCGAGGAUGAGCUGUACUUUGUUAUGGAACACCUCCCACACGGAGACCUUUUAGAGCAUAUCAGAACCCGGUAUUCACGACAUUCGUGCCGCCGACACUCUGAAGAUGUUGCCAACACCCCGAGUGAUCGUAAUGGGCUGCAAACAUCGUCUAGUUCCACUCCUUGUUUGGACUUCCACGACAUUCAGCUCAUUACGGCGCAACUUGUCGUGGGGCUCGCUCACGUAUUUGCGAAGGGUUUUGUGUUGCGUGACCUUAAACCUGAGAAUAUCGUGUUCGACGAAAAAUAUCGUGCGUGCCUGAUCGACUUUGAUACGGUGGAUGUGGAGGGCCGCACCGCACUGCCCAUAUCCAACAAAGGAGUUGCGGUACGCAGCAAACGCUCCAGCGGUGAAGGGAAGGACGGAGCUAAGAAACGACUAACCAUUUCAUCCAUACAGACGAUGCGGCGCAAUACCGCUAAUUUUUGCGGGACAGCGCAAUACGUCUCACCUGAGAUGGUAGGGGAGUGCCGCUGGAGUUACAGUAGUGACCUUUGGGCUCUUGGCACCGUUGUUUAUGAGAUGCUGUAUGGGAAACAUAUGUUUUCGGGAGAUAAUGCCUUUAAGGUAAUGAAGGCUGUGGUAAAGGGCGUUUCACCUGAGAAUGUCCCCUUUCCUCGUGUGGAUAUCGGUCCAGAGUUUGACGCCUUUGAGCGCACGAAGGAUUUCAUAGUUCGGUUGUGCCACACAGAUCCAACUCAGCGUCUUGGUGUGAAUCCAAUCACUGGAAUGUUCGAUCUGGAUGUGCUAAGACAGCAUGACAUAUUUGGGGAUUUCUGUUGGGAUGUUUUGGAUGAGCACGUUCAGCAAUACAGGCCCGUUGACAUUUCCGCUAACCCCAAUGAAUGCGCGGCUCCCGCUUCGUUCCGCGGGCCGCUGCAUCCGCAAAUGUUGUCGGAUCACACAGCUUCCCUGGAGUCUCACUACCACGCUGUGCCAGUUCAUAACCCAGAAUACGCUGAGUACGUUUAUACGGCUACUGCCGAUGUUAAUCCGUUUGAGCGGUGGGCGUGUGGUGUUGUUGAGAAAGAUGCUAAUUAUAAUGUGGAAAAUGAGGCUGUAACGAGAGGGUUGGAGAAGGAAAGUGUUCCCAAGCUUAGCGCAGAAAACUCUGAGUGCGACGGCAGUGAUGAUGAUGAUGAUGAUAUUUCCGUGAUUGAUGAUGUUGGUGUGCAAUACUUCAAUAAUGUUCAUGAAGAUUUCAUGAAGUAA